AUGACUUUUGUUAUCAAGGAUGAUAUUAAAACUACUCCUUUUGCAAUAAAUAAUAAUAUAGAUCAUAAUCAAGAUGAAAAUGAUAAUUUAACUUCAAGAUUUUUAAAUGAUGAUCAUGAUAUAUUAGAUGAAUUUUUAGAUCAAAGAGUUUAUGAUUCAAUUGGAACUAAUACUCCUAUAAAUAACAAUAAUAAAAUAAAAUCAGAUAAUGAUGAAAAUUUAUUAAAUUCAUUAUAUGCUUUAACGAAUGAUCAAACUUUAGAGAAUGAUAUAAAUAAUGAUAAUUAUCAACAGUAUUCAGAUUUUAAUAUAAAUAAUUCUAGUAAUAAUAACAAUAAUCAGAACAUAAAUAAUAAUACAAAUCAAUUUAAUAAUAAUGACACUAAUGGAGUAUCACCUAAUGAUCAAGAUUAUUUAUUCAUGGAUAUACCAGAUCAAAAUUUUUCUCAUUUACCAGUAAAUUUAAAUUAUGACUUGAAAUCAACUAAUACUAAACAAGAACCAUCACAAAUUUAUAAUACUUCAGUUCAUACCCCUAAUUCAAUCAAUUCACCAGAAAAUGUAAAUAUAACUUCAUCAAUAGUAAAGACUGAACCAUUACGUCUAAACAAUCCAUUAUCAGAUUAUGAAUUUAUCAGAGAAGAAUUAAAUAAAUUAAAAUUUGGUUGUCAUAGAAUGAAUGCAGUUCCCAAAUCAGUUGCAGUACCUGAUUCUUCAUAUUUAGAUUUCUCUCCUGAAGCAAUAUCUAAAUUACCUUUAAAAAUGGGAUUAUCAAGUUUACCUACUUAUUCAAGAGUUGAAACUCAAAUCAAAUGUGAUAUAACUUUAAGUCCUGCUCCAAGUCAAAGUUUAUUAUAUGUACCACAAGAUCUAAUAUCAAAGAAUAAAUUUUGUCUUUCGGACCCUGUGGAAUCAUUACAUCCAAGAUUAAAAGAAAAUUUAUUAUUUUUAGAUGCUUAUGUUUUAACUUCAGAUUUGAAAAAAUCAUGUAAUAUUUGUUCAAGAUGUAUUAAAAGAGAACAGAAAAGAGCAUCUCGUGGUAAAGCUGCAGGAGAAACGGAAGAUAAUCAAUUCACAAAACAAAAUGGAUCAAUCAAAAAUAAUUCAAGUAGUUGGUCAGAUGAAAAAAUGAUGAAAAAAGCAAUAAUUUUCAAUUGUAAAGAAAUAGUUUCGUUCCCAUCACCAACUGGAUUGAACAAUGACUCGAAAUCAAUUGAAUUAUCUGCAAGAAUUAUUUGUUAUUGUAGACAUCAUAAAGAACUGGCUGGAUUUAAAAUUUUAGUGGUUAUUAAGAAUAAUAAAGGGGAAGUAGUUGGUAAACAAAUAUCUUCACCAAUAAUGAUUAUGGAUAGAAAGAAAAACAUACCACUAACAAAAGAUUCUUUACCAAACUCAGUUGCUGGUUCAUCGUUGAAUUUACAAGGUCUUGGUGAAUCACAAAGUAAUAGCAAGAAGAAAAAAUUAUCAACUUCAGAUUCUGAGAAUGAUCAAAAAUCUUCUAAUGAUUAUUUAAAUCAAUUAUCACCUAAUUCUUUGGAUGAAUCAAAUUCAGAGAUACAAAUAAAUACUGAUGCAGAAUCAAGUAGAGGUUUGAAAAGGAAGAAAUUAUCAGUUGAUGAUUCAUAUAAUAAUUCAUCUAAUCCAAUGUAUAAUGGAAGUAUUAAUGGUUAUUCACCAUUAAGUAAUAGUGAUACAAAUACGUCAACAAAUAUUCAUUUAAUGAAACCAUCAUUAAACUUUGGUGGAUUUUCACCAUUAAGUCAACAUCAUCAUCAACCAACACAACUACAAACAUCUCAAUCUCAACAAGCAUUAAAUCAAAAAUUACCCUCAAUACAACGAAUUAUACCAGCUCAAGGUCCAAUAAGAGGUGGAAUUGAAAUAACGUUACUAGGUUUUAAUUUCAAACCUGGUUUACUGGUUAAAUUCGGUCCAAAUUUAGCAUUAGCAACUCAUUGUUGGUCCGAAACUACAAUCGUUACAUAUUUACCACCAGCUUCACAACCAGGACAAGUUUUAGUCAGCUUUGAAAAUGAUGAAACAGCAAUGUUGGGUGGUCCACAACAACAACAAAUUUUCACAUACACUGAUGAUACUGAUAGACAAUUAAUUGAAUUAGCCUUACAAAUUGUAGGUUUGAAAAUGAAUGGUAAAUUAGAAGAUGCAAAGAAUAUUGCCAAAAGAAUUGUUGGAACUGAUAAUAAUAAUACAAAUGGUCGAACUCCAUCAUUAGGAAGUAGUACAACUGCUUCACCAAAUAAUCAUGUUCAACAAAAUCAAGCACAUGCUGAUGAAUGGUUUAAUAGUGCUCAUGAAUCUUUGAAAAAAUUAACAAGUUCAGGUUUAUCCACUCAAAUCGUUUUAGUUAGGUUAUUAUCAUUAGUUGAUUUACCAAAUUGCCCAAUUAUAAUUCCAAACUGGCAAUUAACAAAUAAACAAGGUCAAACAUUAUUACAUUUAGCCACUUUGAAGAACUAUAACAAACUUAUUAAAUUUUUAGUAACUCAUGGUUGUAAAAUUGAUGUUCAAGAUAAUCAAGGAUUGACUCCAUUAUUUAUGGCUUCAAUGUGUGGACAUCGUAAAUUAAUUGAAUUAUUUGUUGAAUGUAAAUCAAAUUGGAAUUUAAAAUUAUCAAAUGAUAAAUAUUUGCAAGAUUAUUGUGAUUUGAAUGUUAUUGAUAUUUUUAAUAAAUUAGAAGAAGUGCAAGAGACUGAAUUAAGUGAAGUUGGUGAUGCUCCAGUAGCUAAAAAAUCUAAUUCAUAUGAUUCUUUGAAUUCAAUGUUUGAGAAUAAUUGUGGUCGUCAUAUUUCAAAAAUGGUUCUUGAGAGUGGACAUAAUGAAACUAAAAAUAUAGGUGAACAUAAUGAUAUUAAUUUUACAGAUGGUAUAGAGGGUAAAUUAUCUUCGGGUAAUGAUAGAAGUUAUUCAUCAGAAUUUGCAGAUUCAGAAUUUGAAUCAGAAGAUGAUUAUGAUGAAGAAGAAGCAGAUUAUUGUGAUGAUGAAUUCAGUGAAAAUGAUUUUGCAGAUGAAGAAAUUAUGAGUGAAGAUGAAUCAGAAGAAGUGCCAAAGAUUGAAACACAAUCUAUAAAUGCUUCACAACAAAAAGUUCUAGGAGUACCGCCACCAUCACCAGGAUUAUGGCAAAAGAUGAAGAAUGUAUUUAACAAAGAAGAAGAAAGUGAUGCAUUACCCAAUUAUGAUGAUUUAUUCCCAUUUGGUCCAGCUUCACAAUUAACAGCAAAACCAAAAUCUACAAUUGAACAACAUAUGAAUAGUACAUCAGAAACAAAAGCAAAUGAUGUUACCACAACAGGUUCGUCACUCACUGCCAGCACCAACACGAGAACAAAAGAUCAUGAAGAUAUUGAUUCAGGAAUAGCAUCAGAUUCAUCGGAGGAUAUGGUUAUAUCUUAUAUAAAUCAUCCAAGAAAAUCAGUUGAAAAUGAUAAAAUGUUGGUAUUCUUUUGGAUUCCUUCGUUAGUAAUUAUUUUGGGAACAUUUUUAAUGAUUUAUGUAUUUGGUUAUAAUUUUAAACAGAUUGAUUUUAUAAAAGAUUUUGUUAGAAAUACUUUGGGUAAUGUUAUGGUUGGCAAUGAUAGAAUUGGUAGAGUCUUUGCUAGUGCUACUACUACAGUAGCUAGAAGAAGUGGGGUAGAAGUGGGAUAG